GGUUUAAUCUGAAAGGAACCAAGAAAGCAUGGUUUCAGAGUUUUUCUAAUUCAAGAACGUUGAAGAAAGAUGUGUUUUUUAGCAUGCCCUUCUCCUAAAAUGUCUUGGGUACAAUCUGAAACCAAGUCAAAAGCUGGUGUUUUGAAUUAUCACCAUGCUCACUCUUUACUUUCUUCUUCUUCUUUCUCAUCUCCUCCAUUGCCAUACAGUAAUGAUUACCAAAAGCAGCCACCAAACCCUGUUCCGUCAUCAUCUUCAGCUAGUAAAAUAAGCCCAGCUGUCUUAUUCAUCAUUGUUGUUCUGGCGGUGAUAUUUUUCAUAUCUGGUCUGCUUCUCUUGCUUGUUAGAUUUCUCAUGAAGCAUAGGUCUCCCUCAUCUUUAUCAGAAUCUGAAAGAUACCCAGAAUUGUCAGGGACUGAUGCUUAUCAAAGGCAGUUACAGCAACUCUUCAAUCUCCAUGAUUCAGGUCUAGCUCAAUCUUUCAUAGAUGUUCUGCCUGUGUUUCUUUACAAGGAAAUAAUGGGGUUGAAAGAGCCAUUUGAUUGUGCAGUUUGUCUCUGUGAGUUCUUGGAAGAAGACAAAUUGAGAUUACUCCCUUUGUGUAGCCAUGCUUUCCAUAUAGACUGCAUUGACACAUGGUUGAUGUCAAAUUCCACUUGCCCCCUUUGUAGAGGGACCGUUUUCACAACUGAGUUCCCAAUUGAGAACCCGGUUUUUGACUUUGAAUACCCUAGGGAGGAAACUAUGUUAUUAAGCAAUGGAGGAAGUAGGGUGUCUCUUGGCCCUAAACCAACGGAGAAUGACAUUGGGAAGAGGGUGUUUUCUGUCAUUUUAGGCAAAUUUAGAAGUUCAAAUGAAGGGAAAGGGAGAGAAGUAGAAGAAUGGGAGACUAGUAGCAGUAAUUUGGAUGCUAGGAGAUGUUACUCAAUGGGGUCAUUCCUAUAUGUGGUUGCUGAUGAGUUGCAAGUGACUCUAUGCCCCUCUAGAGGAACCAAUGACACUGCUAGUACCAUGAAGCUUGUGAAGGGAAGAGGUGGACAGAAUGGGAAUUCAUCAAAUGAUGGGGAUUUUGAGGGAAAGAAGAUUAACUUAACAAGUAAAGGGGAAAGCUUUUCUGUUUCCAAGAUCUGGCAAUGGUCUAAGAAGGGUAAAUUCCCAAGUUCUUCAGACAACUUAGGCUCUUCUUCAUCUGUUUCUGUCGGUUUGCCAUGGACUGAUAGUAGAACCCAAGUUACCUAAGGUAUUUACUGUUCC